AUGCGCCCGUACUGGUCCGGCAACUACCAGGAUUGCCUGAUGCAGCGGAGGUGGCGCGGACUGGUCAACCAACAGGAUGCUGCUCAAAUGCGUGCUGUGUGCACCGUGCUCAAGCAGUUGUUCCACGCGGGUGAGAUAUUCGACUAUAUGUUCUACUACGAGGACGUGUUUGUGGUACGGCUGGGCGAGGGGUGGCUGGAUACGGGGUGCAGGGCGGUGUUUGAAGAUAUAGAGGUGGCCAUUAUGGAGGAGGUGGUGGAGAUGGUGGAGGUACUGGUAAAGAGUCAGAAUGAGAUGUUUGGUAGCAAGGGGGGGAAGGAGAGGGCGAGGGGAAUGAAGACGGUGGUGUUGACGAUGAAUAGGGUGAAGAGGCGGAAGAUGGGGGAGGAUGAUGAGAUACUGAAGCAGUUGAAGAGGAGUAAGAUGGAGGAGGAGCUCGAGAAUAAAAAGGAGAGCAAGAAUGAGAAGGAGGGCGAGGAUGAAGAGGUCGUUUGGGAUGAGGAUGAGGGUAAGGAUGAGGAGGAGGGUGAGGAUGAUGAGUAA